AUGUCAAAAUCUAUCGUUCGUUCUAUUAAAAACGUAACCAAUGGUUACACCUCAGCCCAGGUCAAGGUCAGAAAUGCUACUAGCAACGAUGCAUGGGGUCCUAGUACUUCGGAUAUGCAAGAAAUCUCUCGAUUGACUUACGAGAACCAUGAAUUGUUCGAGGUCAUGGAUAUGCUGGACCGCCGUUUAAACGACAAGGGUAAGAACUGGCGUCAUGUCAUGAAAGCAUUGACUGUACUCGAUUAUAUUAUCCAUACUGGAUCCGAGAAUGUGGUUCUAUGGUGCAAGGACAAUCUGUAUAUUAUCAAGACAUUGAGGGAAUUCCAUUAUAUCGACGAAAGUGGCCGAGAUCAAGGAGCAAGUAUCCGAUCCAAGGCCAAGGAACUGACUUCUCUGUUGCAAGACGAUGAUAGGUUAAGAGAAGAACGGUCUAAUAGAGGUUCUUCUAGAAGACGACGGAAGCAAGGAAACGGGUCGAGACAACGAGAUAGUCCUAGUCCACCGAGAAAUGGCGGUCGUCGUAACACCAAUGUCGAGGAUAGCGAUGAUAUUCAGCGUGCUCUGGAGGAGAGUCGUAGAACUGCUGAAGAUGACGAGCGAAGACGUAAGGCGUUUGCUGGGUCGGAUGAGGAUCUUCGUAGAGCCAUUCUGCUCAGUGAGGAAGAAGAAAGAUUGCGUAACAGCCAGCAGAGCAAUGUUUUGUUUGGCAACAACAGCCAGCCUAAUCUCAUUGAUACAAGUGAGCCUGUACCCAUGCAACAACAACAGCAGUACUACUAUCAACAACAACAGCAACAACCAUAUCAACAACAGGCUGUAUAUGGACAAGCCACUGAUAUUUUCGGCAAUCCUAUCUACCAACAACAGCAACAGCCUGUUUCUACAGGAUACCUACAGAAUGCCUAUGCUACUACUGGCGGAGCAUUUCCUCAAUAUACAGAAUAUGCCCAGCAACAACAGCCUCAACAACAACUGUACCAGAAUGCCACUGGAUAUCAACAACCACAAGCAGUUGCUGAACCCGAGAAACUCAAGCCAUUAAAAACUGGCUCCAACAAUCCGUUUGCUAAACCCGAUCUGUUUGCCAAUUCUAAUGGCCAGUCGUCAUCUGCUCAACCCAACCUUCAACAACUGCAACAACAGCAACAAUUCCAACAACAACAGCAGUACCAGCAACAACAGCAACAGGCUCAACAAGCCCAACCACAAGCUAUCAGACCACAGAGAACCAACAAUAACUUUGACCAGAACCACAUGAACGACCUGAAUACACUUCUCAGUAACGGCGAUGGUAUUGACACCUUCGGCAAUGUUGGAGAUCUGCGUAUUCCUGCUCAACACACGAAAUCCAACUUUGUCAACUCUGCCGGCCAAGGUCUACAACAACAACCCACCAGCAACAACCCGUUCCUCAGCCAGCAGUACACUGGUAUCGCGACGACGAACUCCGUCCAACCGGCAUUCACAGGCUACGGGUUCGGCAACGCCAACCAGGGCUACGGCCAGCAACAACAGCAGCAGCGAACAGGUUAUAACAACCUCAUCGACCUCUAA